AUGUUGCAGGGUGUUCCUUUCGACCUCACGGUCGAAGUCCUGCGAUAUCUUGCUGCGUUAGACGUCUUGGCCGUACGAAAGGUAAGGGUACAGCCCAUUGCCUGCAAUGGAUCUCUUUGGGGAGGCCUUGUCAACUCCGCUUGUGCCGAGCAUGACAUGUUCCUGGGUGGUGGGGUCUACGAGGAUCUCUCUCUUGCCCAAUUGGAGCACGCUGCGACUUCUCCCGCGCGUUUCCUGAAGUGUAUAUCGCCUCCGCCAACUCUCCUGGAUGGACGAUGUAUCGAGCCAAGAUACCUCAAGAUAUAUGAGGAAAUUUGUAUCCCAAGUCCGAGAGCUUGGCUUGGUCUAAACAUACUGCUUGUUCGCGGCGGGCGCUUCCUACUCACCAGCUCGAAAGACUGGAUCGCUCUUUGGGAUAUCUGGAAAACCGAUGGCAAUACAGAGCCUAUAGCGCGCGAGACCGUUAGGCAAAUAAAUCAAGAUCUACAGGUGGAGGAUUAUUGGUUCGACGACGAGAACCGGCUUUUCGUGGCUCUCAUCAGAUGCACGCCAGAUGGCGACACAGAUUUUCUGAGUGUAUACAUGAUCGAUGUGUCGGUCCCGUCACCCUCGUUUCGAAAGGUCAACGAGCUACGGUGUCCGGGAGCAAGCUGUCCUGCGUAUCACACCCGACACCGCUCUAGCAUUGCAUUUACGCUGAGGGACGAUGGGCUCAUGGGCAUUUGGGACUACAUGACCGGAAACGGCGGCUACAUCAAGGACGGGUUCUGGGAGACUGAGAAGGUUGUAUAUCCUGGAGAGUCUGAAUCCACCAUCAUCUGCAUCAACCAUGAAACCAUCGACAUCCACGCGGUUCCGUCUCUCGAGAGCUCGAUGCCAGUCAGAGGACGAGCUGCGCUAUCGUACAGGUCGAGGAAGUUGGUUGACCCCAACGACCACGACUUCAUCACGUACCAGGUCCCGCGGCUCGACACUCCUGAUCACUCGUACUAUUCUGUGCUGUCGCCGACGAAGAAGAACCUCCUGACCUUCAUGCGCUCCCCCCUCCCCGUGCAAGCCUCGCUGACACUGCCGAAGGAAAGAGACUAUCAGCCGCUGCCUCGAGGGAGCUAUACCCGCGACUCACUCGUCACCGUGUUCGAAGCCGCUCGGUACUUCGAGCCUUCGAUAGUUGCCGUAUUCGCGCCGAGAUCGAGAGCGGAAUACGAUGUCGAUGGCGCGCAUCCCGUUUGUCGAACGGUCGGUCUUCUUCGUGGCGUCCUCAACCACGAGACCGACAAGUGCUUCGACCCGGCAUCGGGAACAUUCGCCUACCGCGCCAUUGGCGAGAAUAACGCCGUCCGUGUCGGUAUGGCGAUAUGUGCUCAAAUAUACAAUGCUGCGGAAAAUCGGAAAGGCCACGAUCCUCGCCAUCUUUCAUCUUCUGCAGGAGGCGCUUCGCCGUGGACACCCACGAUUCGUAUUGAUGCGCACCUUUUGCUUUAUUUAAGGGCACCCACUGAUGUACUGCUCAAUCUCUGGGAUCUAUGGAAGGCCACUAGAUCCAGGAACCCCAUCGCGCGCGAGGCCGUGAGCUCUCAACCCGAUGACUAUAUCUCUCUGGAGGACUAUUGGUUCGACAAAAAUCAAAUUUUCGCUGCCGUGGCUGUAGAUGCAUCCGAGGGCCAGCCGGACAAACUUGUUGUGUAUGCGAUCGACGUGUCGAUACCCAUGCCAACCUUCCGCAAGGUCAACGAACUGUCUUGUCCGGGAGGAGACCUUCCUUCGUACCACGCUCGACACCGUUCCCGCAUCGCAUUCUCUUUGGCGGGCGAAGAGCUUGUCGGACUUUGGGACUACAUGACAGGGCACGGUGUCUAUAUGAGGGAUAGUUCUUGGCUGACUGAGAAGAUGAUAUAUCCUGUGGGUUCUGCGUCAACCCUCAUCUGCAUCAACCAUGAGAGUAUCGACGUCCGUGAAGUUCCGGAUCUGCGGGCUCCAAUGCCUUUCACGGAACAUGCCGUGUCAAGCUCUAUGCCCCGGUCGCGGAUGGACCCCAAAUACUUCGAUUUCAUCACCUAUCAGAUGCCACAAUUCGACACACCUGAACAAUCCUUCUACUCUUUGCAGUCGCCGAACAGGAGGGAUCUGUUGACCUUCACGCGCUCUGCUAAACCCACGAACGCCCCUUUGACCCUCCCGAUGGAUGCCCAUUAUCUACCGCUCCCACGAGGAACACAUUUUGGCGAUUUUCUUGUCACUGUCUUCACCUCCGUCUCGUAUCAACGACCGUACUCCGUCGUCGCUGCAUUCGCACCAUGUCGGGAACCAACAGAUGGAACGUCUGGCACAGAGCGCGCCUGCCGGAUUGCUGGCCUUCUUCACGGCGUCCUAAUGAACUCGAUGGACCAGUGCUUUGACCCGACAUCGGGCACCAUGGUGUACCGCGCGAUGGGCGCCGAUCAUGACACUAUACGCAUUGCAAACUAUCUCAAGAAGCCCGCACGGGCAUGA